CUAAAAUGAAACCGACAGAGAACUAAAAAGUACUUCACAAGUGUAUUGGUUUAGCUACUAGCCGAGAGCGAACACAGCUUACUGAUAGUGUUUACUCACAUCGUGUGAGAUUGUAUUUCUUUCAGAAGUAAAAAUCUCGCAUAAAUCAGCCGAGUCGACUUGAAGUAAUCGCAUUAUUCAACAAACAAAUAAACAGUUUAAACGGGAUGUUAUGCUACUCAUCGACAAACUAAACGAUCUAGAUUGCUCGUUUGUGUUUUUUAAUGUUUAGGGAAUUGUUUUUUUUAAUGUUUAACAGUUGUAUUAAUAUAUACUACUUGGUGAUGAAAACGAAGCAAGACGAGGCAGAUGCUCGGUAGACUGGGAGUCUGCAGCGUUUUCAAGAGAAGCCUGGUAUGUCUGGACCCACCUGGCUGCCUCCGAGAACCUUGGGUAGUUCAGAUAGAACCACAGCAUCAAUGUCACACUCUGGCCCCGCUCUCUACAGACCUCCUAAGAAAGGUCUGCCCGACCAGAGGCCCAAAUAUAACAUGUAUGAACAGAAUGGUGGAACAGGAGGAAAUGGGAUGCCUGUAAGGUAUAUGGCAACUGGACCUUCAGGUGGAUCCAUGCAACACCAGCAUCAAGAUGAUCGCUCAGGGUCUACUACCUAUCAUCCAUUGCCUCCCCAAUUAGGAGACCGAUACUAUGCUUCAGGCCAGGGGCCCAAAGAAGACCACCACAACUGGAACCCCCGCAUGGCCAGCCAUGAACUUCACAAUCGGGGAUCAGAGAAGCACAUCUCUACUAUUGACGCAGAGAUAGACUCUCUUACGUGCAUGCUGGCUGACCUGGGCAAUCACCCUCAGAGCUCAAGCACACAGUUGUAUGACAAUGUGCCUUAUAGCAAGCACCUCCCUACUGACCGCUAUAACUCUUCCAGCCAGAUGGGGGCUCCACCAACAAGCAGGCCCUCAAUGGGCUACCCCCCUCCACUCCAAAACCAGUACCAUCCUGCCCCACCUUACACCUCUACACCUCAGCCAGACUAUAUUUACCCCUCCGCCCCCUCUUCCAUCCACAAACCUUACCCACAACCAGUGCCUGCCUCCUACACCACUGCCUCCACCCCAACUGGUCCUCGAUUUACUGUACAGGUGAAAACGGCUCAGCCCGUCACCUAUUCUCAGAGCGGACGACAGGCAGAGCAAGCUUACACCCCACCGCCGCCCCGUCAGCAUGCCUCUCGGCCCCCUCAGCAAGAUCGGCCACAUUAUGAGGCACAGGGACAGGGCUGGUACCCACCUCCACCUCCCCCUGCCCAAGAACCUCAUGGAGAUCCAGGUGCCUAUAAGGGAGGAGCAGGAAAUAUGUCAGGAGGAAGAGCCGGCCAGGGAGCACCCGUGAAGAUGAGUCAAGACCAAGUGUCAGCAUAUCAGUCUAACAAGCAGGGGUCAGCACCACGUCCAGAGGAAGAGUUGGAUCGACUCACCAAGAAGUUGGUGUAUGACAUGAAUCAUCCCCCAACUGAGGAAUAUUUUGGUCGAUGUGCUCGGUGUGGGGAUAAUGUUCUGGGAGAUGGCAGUGGCUGUAUUGCCAUGGAGCAGGUGUUUCACGUGGAGUGUUUCACCUGCAUCACCUGUCAUGCCAGACUGAGAGGCCAACCUUUCUAUGCAUUAGAUAGGAAGAGCUACUGCGAGAGCUGCUACAUAAGCACACUUGAGCGCUGUAUAAAAUGCUCUGAGCCCAUCCUAGACCGGAUCCUGAGGGCGAUGGGAAAGGCUUACCAUCCUCGCUGUUUCACAUGUGUGGUUUGCGGCUGUUGUCUGGAUGGAGUGCCUUUUACUGUGGAUGCCACAUCUCAGAUCCACUGUAUUGAGGACUUCCACAGGAAAUUUGCCCCACGCUGCUCUGUAUGUGGCCAGCCCAUAAUGCCAGAGCCUGGGCAGGAGGAAACAGUGAGGAUCGUUGCACUGGAUCGCAGUUUUCAUGUUAACUGCUACGUAUGUGAGGAGUGUGGUCUUCUCCUCUCUUCAGAGGGCGAGGGAAGAGGCUGCUAUCCCCUGGACGGACACAUUCUGUGCAAGAGCUGCAGUGCCCGUCGCAUCCAAGAUCUUUCUGCCAAAAUCUCCACUGACUGCUAAUGCACCCGUCCUGUCUCACCGCAUCCUUUCUCUGCUUCAUGGUUAUUCUUCAGAAUGUACCACUAUCUAAACAUCCACCACCUGGUAUUUCUUCCAUCCUCGACCUUACACACUAAAUAUCCACAUGUCGAUUGCACAAAUAAUAUGAAGACGUCCCUCUCAGGGUAGCAUAGAGCUGUGAACAAAUAAAACAAUAGCUCUUGUGCUUAGAGUAGUUUCACUGGAAAGCUGUUUCUUAAAUAAAACAGAAAAACAGGUGGUGAAUGAAACGUGAUGGUGUUUGUGUGUAAUCCUCCACGCGUGUAUGUUUAUACAAAAUGUGAGUCUUGUGAACAGGGUGCAUUUCUAACUUUGGAGAAGCAGUCACUGCUCUUAAGAGUUUUUACAAGUUUCCUCAAAUAAUGCCCCAAUUCUGCUGGCAGUUGGGGUCACUUCAUAUCGUCCCCUUUCAGAUGCUCUUUUAUAUCAUCUCUGUUCUCUUAUCCUCUCAAAAACAAAAACAUGAUGUUUUCUCCUGCUACACUCGGCGGAGAUCAAGCGCUCAUUAUUUUAAUACUUGAAAUCAUGAUUGUUGAAGGAUAUUAUUACUGUAUUUCGUUUACUGACUUGAUAUUGAUUUAUUAUCGUUAUAUUCACCAUAAUGCUAAUGAUAGUUCUGGUAAAGAGGUGGAAACAUGGGCAGCUUUUUUGUUCUUUUUUUUUCCCCCUGCUCUUGUCACUCCAAACAACCUCUAGGUAAAACUUUAUGCUGAUCUUUUAAGCUGUUAUAAGAAGUGUGUUGUCAGAUAGGAAUAAAGGGUAAGUGUAUACCAUUAACACUUCACUGAAGGAAAUCUCUUGACAGGUGUGUGUUAAGCUGCAGUCAUGUAGUUGAGUUUUCUGCUAUGCUCAGUGGUUUGGUUUUGGCAGCAGAGUGGAUCAUUUUCAAGGAGUUUGAAUAGUGAGAGAAAUAGUGAGCAAUUAGGGAAAGGAAUCCACUAGGUUAGAAGAAUGACAAAUGUGACCUGUUAGAAUUAGAACGUUUCUCGUAACAUCAAGGAAGUUAGUUGCAAUUGUGUUACUAAAUAUACAGACUAACAGAAGAUAAAUGGACAAGUAUGAAGGUUACAAAAAGGUUAAGUACGCACUAGAGAAACGACUUUCACUUCAGAUUCAGAUUAUGCAUCUGACUUUUGUGCAAAGAGAUUGUUACUGACUGGCUUUAUUUUUUUUUUUAUAUAUCUCUUUUCUUUGUAAUUGCUUUGUGUCAAAAUGCAUUUUUAAUUGUCUGUUAUUUGAAUAAUGUGCAAGCAUCCAUUACUUAAUGCCGUUAUACAAAAAGGUUUCAAAUAAGGUGUUGGUUGCUUGAAACAAAAAAAAAAGUAUUUGUGCCAACAAAUUGUUACAAUUGUCUAGAAACUAAAAGCAUAAAGUGGUUCAGAUGGUUGCAUGCUUUAUUUAUUGGUUUGUCUGGAAUAUUUUGUAAGAAUGUUCAAACAUAGUGUCCAUCUGAUCAAUUUGCUGCCAAAAAAACUUUUUCUAAACUGGUCAACAUAGUUGGUGAUCUCUAAUUGAUAAAGUAGCACUGGUACUGCACGGUUUGUUUUAAUGGCGGAUGUACUUUUCAAGCUGCCAGUUUAUUUCAGGGUUUGUUUGGAUGACUUUGCAUCUUUCCCUGAUAUUGAUUGUAAGGAGACACAAAGAUCUGCUUUAUAAAUCCAUCUGUUUUAUGUCUAUUGAUUUCUGGUUUGUACUGACCAUUGUUUCUGGUUUAUGAUUUAAUGAACUGUGAAAGAAAACAAAUAGCCAUAA